ACUCUUCUGUGAAAAAUGAGAUUCACGGCGAGCUUAAACAGUACCAACGCUAGUUCGCUGAGGCAUUUGCAGGCGCCAUGAUUGGGUUUUUGCUGCUCACCAGCAUACAUAUCCAAACCGUGGAAACCGCUGUCAUCUCUACCUCCACCGUCUCUCGAUGUGGUAUUGGAUUUUUCCAAGAAAGCUGGCCAAAUGGUUCCGAGAGUUGUCUGCCUUGUAGCCGAUGUCCCGUUAAUAGUGUAGAGACACAGACCUGUGCCGAUGAUCACGACACAAUCUGCUCCUGUCCUGAAGGCAAGUACCUAUUUAAAGGCCAGUGUCGAACAUGUAGGAAGUGUCGACGUGGCAGCGGAGUGACACAGAAGUGCCAGGGUGAAAACAACACUAUAUGUAAGCCAUGCAUCCGAGGAGCUUUCUCCGCGAAGAAAAGUCACGUGACUACUUGUCAAAAGUGUCGCCAGUGUGAUCCUCACGAAGCACGUGUCAGGAAAUGUACAACAACCAGCGAUACUAUCUGUGGAGACUGCAAGAAAGAACGUCGCACCGUCAUUACUGGUGCUCGUCAUCCAUAUGCAGCAAACAGUAGCAGUUAUUUGGAAAUGGUUGAGAAUGAAUGGACCAGGAUCGGUUUGACGUGACGACGUUCCAAAUCCAAGAGGAGCGUCACCAUGUAUCUACUCUGCGUAAUAACUUUUAGUUUCACACCAAAAACCUUUGCAAUUCACCUUAAAGGCCGACUGUUCAUCCCUGUGUUUUUUUUUUUUCUAUAUGAAGCUCAGAAUGAAAUGUCUAUUCAUAGAUCAGUCUUCCUUCUGACACCGUAUGUUUCCGCCAUCUUCUUCUAGGUUAUUUCAGAAGCACAUAUCUAAACCAAUGUUGGAAAUGUAGUUACUGUUACCCGCAGCACCCUAAUCUCACAGCGACCGUGCCGGAGUGUGCCAGAAACGGAGGGAAUCCGGACUACAUUUGCAUGCCCCUUGAGAGACCACCAUUCGGAUUUAGCCGAGACGACAUACAAGUUUCAGAUUCUGUUUCGAUUUCACCGAACAUCACAGUUGUCGAUGUAACCGUCCUCCCAGCAAACUCGGGAAUCCCUAAGUUCCUCCAUGUAGUGAUUUGGUGUGUGAUAUGUGCGGGAGGCGUGUUGUCAAGUCUAUGCUGCCUAGCAGUGUUACGUUUAAAUGGCAGAUCGGGUCGGAAGUUAAAAAUGAAUGUCUCGGAAAGGGCACACAUCUGGAAUCCACUUCACAAAGAAGAACAUCUUACCUCGCGUAGAGACAGCGCAAUCAGCAGGCGUAGGACAAAUAUUUCAACACAAAUUGAACUUGGGAACAUUUCUAUUAACGAAGUGUCGAAGCAUGUCAGCGAAAAUUCACUGUACUGUGAAGAACAUGAUAACAUGGUAUUGCAGACUGAAUUAUCCACGGAAGAGCCGUUGCUGGAAACACACCGCCUAAAUCCAGUGCACCCAGAAUCAGUGACUUGUGUGGACUAUGUCGUGCGGACACACGAAAAACUUCAAACUUCACGAGAAUCCCGAUCAGAAAGAACAGGCUUCCCAGUCCCUCGAACCACACGAUGUCCACUGCGCGAUAUUGAGGUCCAGCACUGCCUGUGAUCACAUUCUCAAAAAAUAAAUCUCAGAGAAUAAAAGUCUAACUGAGGUAAAGUGAGAAAGAGGCCGUAUUUCAGCGGUCCGGUUACGUGUGACAAUUUGCCAGAUAUCACACUGUCGUCGUUUAUCUUUGUUAAAUAGAACUUAUCAGCAACGUAUAUAACAGACGGACGUCCCUCUACUUUGUUACCAGAAAAUAUUAUUUGUGUAUUCUUGUUCAGAUUAACAUUUUCUUCGGUGGUUAUGCAUUAAACAACAUGCAAAACAAACUCUGUCGAAAACUUUUCGCCCAAAUCUUGGUAAUGACCCAGAAACCAAUAAACCUCACAUGCAGGUAUCUGAGCAUGGAGGUAUCUAAGCAUGGAGGUAUCUGAGCAUGGAGGUAUCUGAGCAUGGAGGUAUAUCGACUUGGAAACUGUAGUGUUACCCAUAAAAGUAAUUAAAUUUCCCAAAAGUCAGAGCUAGAGUUAACAAUAGAUUUCCCCUUGCCCCUUGUUGAAGGCAAGAUGAUCCUCAAAUUGUCCUAUAAGUAGUACUUCCUCACUGGAACGCCAUAUGAUGUCAACCAAGUAUAAGAUGUAUAUACGCACUGGACCUGCAUCGGUCCAUGAUGACAGAUUGACACGAGUUGAUAUGCCUAUACUUAUAGGCAUAGUUAUCUGACAUUUCUUUAUGAAUAUUUAUUUAUUUAUUUGAUUGGUGUUUUACGCCGUACUCAAGAAUAUUUCACUUAUACGACGGCGGCCAGCAUUAUGGUGGGAGGAAACCGGGCACAGCCCGGAGGAAACCCACAACCAUACACAGGUUGCUGUCAGACCUUCCCACUUACGGCCUGAGAGGAAGCCAGCAUGAGCUGGACUUGAACUUCUUAAUAAAUAGGUUUCACUGGGUUUUUUUUUUUCAUAUCUUGUCUAUGGUGUCUAUAUUGAGGAAUGCAUCAAUGACUUCUGUAUACUGUCAAAUCAUAUUUUGCUCUUAAACUUAAUAUUUCAGGAAAUAACUUUAAUGAGCUUUUAAUCAGACUCACGUGGAAUACAACAGAUACAUUGAUGUACAUGGUUCUACAAGAUACCAAGACACGAAUACACACCCUCGGUCUGUGAGUUACAUUUCAGCCAUGACUGAGUUGUACGUUUUGCUUGAUUCUGUGAGAGGGGUUCUGUGGCGUGUUAGGAAGGUAGGAUUUAUUUAUUUAUUUAUUUGAUUGGUAUUUUACGCCGUACUCAAGAAUAUUUCACUUAUACGACGGCGGCCAGCAUUAUGGUGGGUGGAAACCGGGCAGAGCCUGGGGGAAACCCACAACCAUCCGCAGGUUGCUGACAUACCUUCCCACGUACGGCCGGAGACGAAGCCAGCAUGAGUUCGGCUUGAACUCACAGCGACCGCAUUGGUGAG